GCAAAUGUAGAAUUGAGGCAGUACUAGUAGUUGUAAUAUCAAAAUCAAAGCAACUGAUGGCUCGUCAAGCCGUUGCCAAACUACUCGGUUCGAUCGCAUCGCGCAAGACCUCUUCUUCCUCGUUUUCCCUAUCAUCAUCGGCAAAUCAUGCUCGGCAAUAUGCGGCGUCUGCGCCUCCUCCGCCAGCAGUAUUUGUUGACAAAAACACUCGGCUGAUAUGCCAAGGUAUCACUGGCAAAAAUGGCACUUUCCACACCGAGCAAGCAAUCGAAUACGGCACCAAAAUGGUGGGAGGUGUAACACCAAAGAAGGGAGGGACAGAACACUUGGGCCUUCCUGUUUUCAACACAGUUGCAGAAGCAAAGGCUGAAACGAAGGCUAAUGCUUCAGUCAUCUAUGUUCCGCCACCAUUUGCUGCAGCAGCAAUUAUGGAGGCAACGGAAGCAGAGUUAGAUCUGGUUGUGUGUAUUACGGAGGGAAUCCCUCAACAUGAUAUGGUACGUGUGAAGGCUGCGCUUAAUAAACAAUCCAAAACUCGGUUGAUUGGUCCAAACUGCCCUGGUAUUAUUAAGCCAGGAGAAUGUAAGAUUGGCAUAAUGCCUGGGUACAUCCAUAAACCUGGUCGCAUUGGAAUCGUUUCCAGAUCUGGUACUUUGACCUAUGAAGCGGUUUUCCAAACAACUGCUGUUGGCCUUGGACAAUCUACUUGUGUUGGCAUAGGGGGUGAUCCUUUCAAUGGGACAAACUUUGUUGAUUGCAUUGAGAGAUUCUUGGCAGAUCCACAGACAGAAGGCAUCAUUCUUAUAGGAGAGAUAGGGGGAACUGCUGAAGAAGAUGCUGCUAAACUAAUUAAGGAAAGUGGGACUGACAAGCCCGUCGUUGCAUUUAUUGCUGGACUAACUGCCCCACCUGGCCGUCGCAUGGGGCAUGCUGGAGCCAUAGUUUCAGGCGGGAAAGGUACGGCUCAAGAUAAAAUCAAGACCCUAAGGGAAGCUGGAGUCACGGUGGUCGAGUCUCCAGCGAAAAUUGGACUUGCCAUGCUCGAUGUUUUUAAGCAGAGAGGUCUGGCAAGUUAGACUGCGCAAUUUAGCAUCAUUGACAAUUUAAAGGUUUUUGCUAUAACUAUGAAAUUGAUCAACUUUGCCAGAAAAGUUGAUAUAGUUGAUUAAAUUCUAUAUAGUUUUGGGAUUGUUCCCCCUUUUUUAGCCAAAAAUGUCCAGUCGGUUAUGAAAUAAUUUAGGAGAUUUUUCACCAGUCAGCGGAUGUUUUUGUCUGAUAGAUAAGACUGAACAAACCAUCUUGGCGAGGUCCAUGGUUUGCUUUUAUGAAGAGAAGGAAAAACAUGAAUUGUUUUUCGUAUUGUGGUCUGAUAGCUUUUUCAGUUGAAUUUUAGUUUGAUAACAAUUCUGUCUUGUAACCUUAAACAACUGAUAAUAACAUGCUUAACUCAUUUUAACUCGGUGGUUCA